UCUUCUCUCUCUAAAUCCCGGAACCCAUCGAAUGGUUCGAACCAAACAAUCCGGAUCCUUAAAACAAAUCUCGACCAUCCAUCUCUCAAUCCAACGGCAGUGAUAAGUCGGUGAGUUGGUUCCCUCCCUCAUGUUUCUUUCUUUCUCAGUCAUAAACCCUAGCCAGCCCCCACCAGGAGAUAGAAAGAAACACACACAAAUGCCCUCUCUCUCUCCCUCAAGCAAACACCACCAUCAAUAACCGCAACAAAACAACAGGAUUUACGUGAGUCUCUUUUAUUUUCAAGAAAGAUUCAAUCUCUUUACAGAAAACCCUUCUUUUCUUCUCUCUUUGUAAAGAGACCCCUCAUCUUUUGUUUACAAGAUUUCUUCUUGUUUUCUCCGAAAUUUUUAGAAUUUUUUUUGGGGUUGUUUGUGGGCUUUUUAUGUUUUGUGAAUCUGAAUCAGUUUUUUUGUUUAAUUUUAAUUUUGGGGUACGAUGUUGUUUGUUUUUGAGACCAUACUGUCUGCUACUUACGUGUGGGGGUCUGAUUCCGAGUCAAGUCUGAGUUAACCCAGUUUCUUUUGGACCACAGUGAGUCGAUUGUUCUUAGAUCUGAGCGAGUAGAGCGGCCCCAUGGACGUUUCUGCUCCUUUCUCCUCUUUAUCCGGACCGUGAACCUUGUCGCAAGGAGAACCGAAACUUUUUUUUUUUACCAGUAGAGUACUGAGUGAAUUUUGUGAAUCGGUGGUGAGUGGACUCGGGGUUACUCCGUGAGUUGAGGAGCGAGAAGAUCGAGACUAGGGUAGGUCUGAACGGGGGCCGAACGGCGAGAAUGCCGUCGGUGGGGUUGCGGAGGACGACGAGGGUGUUUGGGGUAAUUAAGGGAGUUGAUGGGGCUCGGGUGUUGAGGUCUGGGCGGCGUUUAUGGCAGGAAUCUGGUGAUGGCAAGCUCAGGAGAAGCAAUGAUGGCGACGAGUGGUACCACACUAUAAUCAAGAACGACAACAACUAUCAGACGAAGAAUCAAAAUAAAAAUAGUGAUCUGAAGUACAAGGAGAAUAGUGGGUGGGCCCAUGACGAUAAACUGAAGAAAGAUCUUGGUGUUGUUAUUGCCAUUGCAGCGCCUAAGAGAAUUAAGAGGGUUAAGAGUGAGAAGAAGUUUGGGAUUGUUUAUAGGAGGAAAAGGAAGAGACUUGGUGGUGAAAAGAGUGAAGAUUCGGAGGAUAAGAAGUUUGGGAUUCAGUUUUCACGUAGGCAGCGAAGGAGUCUGGAUGAUGAGAGUUCGGGGAGUCUUGUGUGUACUCCUGAGCUUGUUGUUUUAGUUGAGGAUUUUAGUUCUAGUAGUAGUAAUGGGUUGUCUUGUUUUUUGAGUUCGGUUUUGAGGUAUAUUAAGAGGGUCAAUUUGAGCCUCUCUGAACUUGCUGAUUUUCUCUUGUCGGAGCCAAUCAGCAGUGUUUUUGCCUCGAAUGGACUUCAUUUUGCGCGGGAUCUUUCCGCUGAUAGAAUUGGAAUUUGCAAGUUUUUUGGGACCAGGCAGCUUCUGCCAAUGUUUUCUGUGGAUUUUUCUUCAAUUCCUUCGUGUUUUGUGCACAUGCAUCUCAGUUUGUUUGUUAGGUUUAAAUUUCUGUCUCCCAUACCUGUAAAUAACUCGUUGGAUGAGGAUGAUGAUGUAAUGAUGAGCGGAAGUAAAGUAGAUCAAUCAUGCACGACCAUGAAAACAGAUUUUGCUCUGAAAAUUACAGCUGUGCCUGAAAUUGAUAAUUCUGGGAGUAAGGCAGUUGUACAUCCAUCUGUUAGAGCUUCCAAGUUAGCUGGUCGAAGCACCCAGUACAGAAAUGGAUUAAAUUCCCGUGGUAUUCAGAAAAGAAGGAGCUCACUCAGGAGAGGGAGACCUAGAAAUUCUGCCAUAGCUGGCCUGCACAAAGCUAGUGGUGCUUUGGUUUCUGAUUUGAUUAGUAGUAGAAGAAAAGGUAUACCUUUCUCUUCUGUUGUGUCUAAGAACAAACUUAGAAGGUCAAUUCGAAGCAGCCCUGCAGCAAACAUCAAAGAGAUGAAUUCUGCUGCAGUUGGAGUGAAGAAGGACAUGAAUAUGUCUAGCUGCUCUGCAAAUAUACUGGUUUCCGAAUCAGACAGAUGUUACAGGAUAGAAGGGGCCACUGUCAUGUUUGAAUUCACUGGUUCAAGGGAGUGGGUGCUCGUGGUGAAGAAAGAUGGGUUAACCCGAUACACCCAUCUGGCACAGAAAAGUAUGAGGACUUGUGCUUCCAACCGUUUCACUCAUGAUAUAAUUUGGACUGGGGAUGACAAUUGGAAGCUAGAAUUCCCUAACCGACAGGACUGGUUCAUUUUCAAGGAAUUGUACAAGGAAUGCUCUGAUUGCAAUGUUCCGGCUUCUGUUUCCAAGGUCAUUUCUGUGCCUGGAGUACGAGAAGUGUUAGGUUAUGAGAAUGGUGGUGGUGCUCCCUUUUUAAGACCGUAUGCUUACAUCUCUUCUAAAAAUGACGAGGUAGCUAGAGCUUUGGCGAGGAGCACUGCAAGUUAUGACAUGGAUUCUGAAGAUGAGGAAUGGCUUAAGAAGUAUAAUAAUGACUUUUUAGCAGAAUCUGAUCAUCUUUCAGAGGAUAACUUUGAGUUAUUGAUUGAUGCUCUUGAGAAGUCAUAUUACUGCAAUCCAGAUGACUUCACUGAUGAGAAUGCAGCAGCAAAAUACUGUAAGGAUUUUGGUAGGAGGGAAGUGGCUGAAGCUGUGUACAGUUACUGGAUGAAAAAACGGAAACAGAAAUGUUCACCGUUGCUCCGAGUUUUCCAGGGGCAUCAAGCUAAGAAAACCCCAGUGAUUCCAAAACCUGUUCUGCGUAAGAGAAGGUCAUUCAAACGACCUCCCAGUCAAUUUGGAAGAGGCAAACAACCAAGUCUAUUGCCAGCAAUGGCUGCUGAACAAGAUGCUUUGGAAGGAUCUAAUGCCAUGCAUAAAAUCGAAGAAGCUGAAAACUCAGUGAAGAGAUCUUUGGAAGCUGCCAUCCUCAAGCGUAGAAGGGCUCAGUUGCUCAUGAAGAAUGCAGAUUUGGCAACCUAUAAAGCUGCAAUGGCACUUAAAAUUGCUGAAGCUGCUCUUGUUGCCAGUUCAACUGAUGUUGCUGUCACCCAAUUGUGUGAUUGAUUGGUAAAUGGCUAUUCCUGUUGCUACUACUAAUUGAGUUGAACCAAUAAUUACUACGGGAAGGACUGCAGCCCCAUUGCUGUUUUUGAUGCCUUUGGAGGACAACCCUAAGUAUUGUAAUUUUGUAUAGAUUUUGAUUGAAUGUACAUUCUGUAUCUGUAAACCUCACGCCAAAUGUUUUUACAAGGGAAUUUGGUUGAUGUCCUUGGAAAAAAUUCAAAAAAAAAGAGAGAAAUUUACAGGAAAUGUUUUUUACCUUA